AUGAUGGUGAAUAUUACUUCUAAAACAUAUACCAUGUUACUGUUAGUGAUUACACUUCUAAUGGUCUUUGCAUACCAUAAGGGAGAAGCCAUACAAUGUUCCCAGGUGCACAUGUACUUAGCACCAUGUUUACCUUAUCUAACUGCUGGAGGAAUCCCGUCUCAACAGUGUUGUGGCGGGCUUAAUAAUCUGAAAGCUGCUGUGCCUGGGAAAGCUGAUCAACAAACAGCUUGUCAAUGCUUGAAGAGUGUAGCUAAAACAAUCCCUGGAAUCAAUGAUGACAAUGCUAAGCAACUACCUGCUAAAUGUAAUAUUGACAUAGGGAUCCCUUUCUCUCAGAGCGUGGACUGUAACAGGUAA